AGUUCAUCUCUAUGUUGCCCAGUGACGCCUACAAGUCUCGUCCCAUCCCAAGUCCCGCCCACAGAGGCUUGUUUUGAAUUUAUACAUGAAGGAAACGUCUUCCGUUUCCUUCCUGAGCUCUGUGUAAAGUUCCUUGAUGUUCUGCAACUGCAACACAGAUCACCACAGUCAAGGGAGUUUUCUAGCUGCGGUCAGUGACGUGCUCACCCCCGUCCUCGGGACUACAUUUGUGCGGCUGCUCGCUCUGUACGUCAUACAGACUUCAAGGUGUGAUUACUGUGUGUGUCUAAAACCCCACAGCACCUCCUCCCUUGGAUCAGUUUCGUUUAGCAAACCAUCACUGCCCCGCCUGGACCCCGCCCCUAAGAAUGCCCACUUGUUUUGUCAAAUCUUGCAGUAUGAAUCAGAGAUAUAAGAAUAUAAAAUUUCAUUCAUUUCCCCGCAAUCGUGAGAGAAUCAGAAAAUGGCUGGAAAAAAUCCAAAUUCCAAGCGAUGAAUUGGACUCAUUGGUUGAAAAAAUUUCUUUAAAUAAACACGCAAAAUUUAAAAUUUGUUCCAAACAUUUUUCUGAAGAAGAUUUCGAACAAAAAGGUCCAAAAAGACAUCUGAAGAAAAUGGCUUAUCCUUCUCUGCUGUUAGGAAAACCCAGAAAAAAAUCUCAUCUUGAGUUAGAACACAAUUAUUUUAAACUUCGACGAACCGAAACUGAUAUGUCUUCAGAAUCUUCUACAAAUUUCUUAGAUAACAGCUAUGCAUCCACUCAGACAUCAAUAGAAUCUAUUCUUGAACUACAAAACAAGUCGAGGGGUUUAUCAACUGCAGUUAGUGACAUGGAGAUGGUAUUAGUUGAUUCUGUGGACUCUACAUUGCUUGACAAUGUAAUUUGCACCUCUGUUGAUAAUGAACCUAUGGAUUUCAUCGAUCUAUCAGCUAAUCAAUUCGAAAUAGAAACUACCGAAAAUUUGGACUUUUAUUUAAAUAAAAUGAAGAUCAAACCAAGAUAUAAAAUUACUCAUCGCGGCAUUCAAUGCAAACGUGUAACGAAAGCAAAACCAAAGGGGAUACAGGCAUGCAUACCUCUGUCUACAGUCACUGUCGCUAUACAGUGCUCUUUGGUUGAAUUGCCAGAAUUGACUCUAUUACCAACUUUACAAAAAAAGGACAAAGACCAUUCUUAUCAUCCUUCACAAGAAGAAGAGGAAAUGUUUUCCGACGAAUCGAAUGAAGAACAAAGAAGUUUUGAAUUAAAUGAAAAAGAUCCUUCAUAUUUAGGUGUGUACAACUUAAAAGAAGCGGCCAAUGUGGCAACUCAAAAUAAAUUUUUGGUGUUUGAGGAAUGCCUUGAUCAAUUAUUGGUCCAAUCUCAUUGCUCAAAAGUUCCUAGUUGUACUGGUAGGAUAAUUGGUCUCAAAAAAAUCAUUCAAGGCUCAGCUUUAAUUGUACAUGCGGAGUGCAGUCAACACCAUAAAUUUAAAUUGUGGAGAAGCCAACCCUUUGUCGGAAAAAUGCCAGCUGGAAACUUGCUAAUUUCUUCAGCAAUAGUAUGUAGCGGUUCAAAUUUUUUACGAGUGAAGAAUUUUUUUUCUAUUUUAAAAAUGCAUGGUAUUUCCGCUACCACACAUUAUAACAAUCAACAACAUUUCAUAUUCCCAACAAUUGAACAUCAUUGGUUAAAUGAAAGAACAAAUAACAUCCAAAAAAUAGCGGAAAACACUGUUGCAUUGAUUGGUGAUAGCCAAUGUGAUUCACCUGGCUUCAAUGCCAAGUACUGCACCUACACAUUCAUGGAUGCAGAAACAGAUAACAUUAUAGAUUUCCAAGUGGAGCAAUUGCAAGCUGGUCUUACCUCUGCGUCGCUUGAAAAAAUAGCGUUUAUUGAGGCCUUGGAGCGUAUUUUAAGUGAUCAUGUUAAUGUAAAAAUCAUUGCAACGGACAGACAUGCAUCCAUCAGAAAAAUAAUAAGGGAGAAAUACCCCCAAAUUAGGCAUGAAUUUGAUGUACGGCAUAUGGCGAAAUCAAUUGGAGAUAAACUAAUGGCUGCAAGUAAAAAAAGUAGCUGUGGGGAACUUGCUGGCUGGGUUCCUUUGGCCAAAAAUCAUUUAUGGUGGUCAUCCAGUACUUGUCAGCAGAAUACUAUUCUACUAAAAGAAAAAUGGCUUUCAAUGAGUUUUCAUGCAGCAAAUUUACAUGAAUGGCAUGGAAAUUCCCUAUACCAUUACUGUUCACAUAAGCCAAUACCCACUGAUGAAGAGAGAAAAUGUGACUGGCUUACACAAGGAUCUGCAGCUCACCAUAAAUUAAAAUCAAUAAUUCAAGACCCAAGACUGUUAAAGGACCUUGAGCAUAUUUCUGGAUUUUACCAUACUGGAGAGGUUGAAGUAUUUCAUAGUAUGGUGUUGAAAUAUAGAUCCAAACGGCAUCACUUCUCGAUGGACGGCAUGGUAGCAAGAACACAACUUGCUGCCCUCGACCACAAUCGCAACAUAAAUCGGUUGCAAGCAAUUAUUCAGAAACCCCAAAAAAAUACAGAAGAGAAGGGGGCUUUCCGUUAUGGCUUUAGUAAGGCCAAAAAAGAUUGGAUUGUCGGAAAAAUAUAUGAACCAACCAAUCAAGCGUUCAUGAUAGAGAUUAUCAGUGAUGUUAUUGACUAUGCUGCCGGAAUGAAACACUUUACAUGGCAUUCGCGACAGGUCAAAGAUUCAGAAAACAUUGCAGCGUAAACAAGAACUGCUCUCUAAAUAUCUUUAAGUUUGUUUUUGCAUAUUUGAUUAUACAAAAGUAUUUGAUUCAUUAUCAAUACAAGUUAAUAUAUAAGUAUUUGAA